GAGGGGGGAGUGAAGGAGAGAAAGAGAAGAGGAUUGAGUGAGAGUGUGGCUGACUGCCGCAAGGGGGAGCGCUGGUUUUGAUGUCGUCUGGUUUCUUGAAUUUCGCAAAGGGGGGAAAGAAAAUUGGAAGGGAACAAAAAGCAAUGUCUGGCUUUAAACCGACAUAACUACUGCGGCGAGCUCCACAUUAUUAAAUACAACAACAGCAAAUACACCAUCAACAUUAAUAAGAAUAUUAUAAUAAAGAGCCAUAGUUUAUUGUAUGAGAGUGCUGCUGCUGCUGUUUGGUUUGGCAUCAGAGGGGGGGGGGACCGACAUUGUUGUCUGCUGGUCUCUCUCCAAUGUCGGCUGCCAGUCGAGUUGACAACUUUACAGACGACACAACGACGACGACGACGAGGAGGAGGAUAUUUUUACGAAGCCACAUAAAGCCGGGUCGUUAGCAUACACACACACACACACACACAUAUAGACAAACACACAUAUACACGCGCACGCACGCGCGCGUGCAUACACAUACUUCCAAACACGCAGACACACACACACACAUAAACAAUCACGUACCCAUACAUAUAUUCACAUACACACGCGCGCACCUAUACACUCACAUCGCACACACACAACUUCUACCUACACAUACACCAACACACCUCUGCACAAACACCCUCACGCUCAAACACACGCACUCAUACGUACACACACACACGCCUCUACAUAAACACACACAUCUCUAAACACACAUACACACACCCACAUCGGCAUUUCACCAACAAAACAAAACAAAACAAACAAGACAAAAAUACACUCUAAUAAACACACAAUCACAUCCACCCACCCACAUUCACACGAAUAGAUAAUUACACAUAUACACAUACAAACAUAUAAACAAUCACACACACACACACACAUAUGUAAAAGGAAAAAAAAAUAUACAUUGUUUUCGGCUUUUUCUUUUUGCAUUCUUACGGAGGAAACCUAUAUUAUAUAUUAUAUAUAUCCUAUAUUAUAUUAUAUUAUAUAUACACUCGUCCAUUUAUGUAUAUAACAACAGAAGUGAAAGGACGACAAAAUAUUUGACCGGAAAAUAUGAGUGACAAAGAGUCGUCAAUAAGCAGACCAAGUAUGUCAGCUGCUUUCAGUAUGUCCAGUUCCGGCAGUAUCGGCAGUGUGGUCAGCAGUAACGGGGGAGGGACAACAAGCAGUGUGGAGACUACUUCGGGAAGCGCCGUGAUGGUGUGGAUGAUGGAACUACGGUUCUCUACAGAGAUGGAAUGUAUGACCGUUCUACAGAGCAAGUCUAUACGAAGAGGGAACGACCUGUCUGGACGGGCAGUGAAAAAUGCCAUAGAUUUCGUCCGGACAGAAGCAGAUGCUAUUGGCUGUGAAUUUAAAGACCUAUUUGCAUGCGUUGAUACUGAAAACUGGCCAUUCCUAAGUGACCUUACAGUUGAUGUCACCUGUCACAUCCGAUUCCUCAUCCAAGAAUGCAACAAACACAUUUGUGAACCACCAGCUCAUUUCGUUCAGCAACAAGAGGUUGUGAUGGGGGAAUGUGCCAAGCUUGCUCAAAGAGUUGAAAGUGUGUACAUGUCCACCCGAGGUAAAACAGCAAGGGUACCCCUGAUCAACCAACUGGUUUACUUGGGCGAGUCAUUCAGUCGGUUUGUUGACUUGGCUCUUGGACUCCUGGUACAGACUAUAGUGUUUGGUCUGGAACUCACUGCUGAUGUCCGAAACCUGUUGCUGGCCAUUAGUGAUGUCAUCAGUCUUGGAAUGGAGGGAGAUCACAUGUGUUACAUCCUUGUACGGGAAGGUGUGAUGCUGUCCUUAUUUAACAUAUGCAACAUGGAAACAUUACUAAAAGUACGAGCGCAAGCAUUGAGAGCCAUUUCUACCAUAUGUUGCAUUCCAGAAAGUAUACAAGAACUGGAAAAGGUAGGUGGCCUGGAAUGUUUGACAGACAUUUUAUCAGACAAAGCCCAGGGUGAAGAGGUGCGAGGAGAAGCAGCAGGAGUAGUUGCUCAAGCCACGUCACCCGCCCACGAACAUCACUUACCUAUGGUUGGACUCAUCGACAACAUGAACGACUUACUGAAGACCUUAAUAGAUCUCUGUCACACUGCCAUAUCCAAUGAAGUGUUCCUUCUGGCCUCCGCUGCCAUCGCCAACAUCACCUUCAUGGACAGCAACGCCUCCGAUAUCCUCCUCUACUUAAAGGCACCGUCCGUUCUCCUGCAGUGUUGCUUACUUAACAAAGCUACAACCAUUUUCGCUAAAGACCAGGUUGCCAGUAUCCUUGCAAAUAUGGCUGUGAUGGAAUCAUGCCAAGCCGAAAUCUCAAGACAGAAUGGCAUAGACAUACUGCUAAACUACCUCCAUGAAGAACCGUCGUCCUUUAGAAGUGCUGUUGAAAUAGCCGCCUGUGAACGAGUUCUACAGAAAGCAGCAAUUGCCUUGACCAGACUCAGUCGAGACGAGUGUCGCGCUCAACUCAUUGCUAAAUCUCAAGGGAUUCCUCGACUCGUCAAGCUAUGUCGUAAUGCCAACAGCAGAAACAACAGUGAUGCUGUACUCGUCGCCUGUUUGGCUGCCCUUCGUAAGAUCUGCAGUGUCUGCGGCAACCACGGUGUCGACCCUAAAGACUUCAAACAGCUGAUCGAGCCCCGACUCAUGGAUUCCUUUCUCAUCUGCACACACACUGAAGAGAACUUUGUCUGACAGCUACGGGCCGUUGCUCACCGCACGAGUUUCAUGUAGAACCUUUCUAUGUCAUGUGACUGUGUACAUCAUGUGACUUUUGCACGUCACGUGACGUCUCCUUCUGGAAUAUUUUCGACCCUUUUAUUGUAAAUUUAAAUAUUUAAGAACAUUAUUUUAAUGGGUUUUUUUUGUUGUUGUUGGGUUACAUAUUUGUUUUUUGUGGGUGGUAGGGAGGGGAGAAAAAGGUUAUUCAGAAUGUAAGGGGUACGUUGGACUUCAAGUGAAACGGCAGAGCAUCUCUGAAUAUCAGAUUGUUUGGUGGCUAGAGGCAACGGGAUGGCACUAUUGCCAACAGCUGUUGCUUGCGCACUGGCUGUAACCAGUUCAAUCACAGGGGUGGUGCUCAUUUGCUUGUUCCCUUGGUUAACAGUUGGAGCAGUUUGGUGCAGAUUUUAGAGGUGCACCUAAGAAAAACAGCUGGUGCAUACAUGCAAGCAGGCAGACAAUUUGUGAAAUAGACAGAAGUGUUAGGGGUUGUUAAUUGUGGAUUUGACCCCAGGAGAUGUGAGCCUGAUUGAUGCAGCUACUGCUGGUGGUGUUCCUUGGCAGAUACAUACCCCUGGCAGUGCACUAAGGGAGAAAGAAAUUGCUUAUGGUGCACAUGAGGUACAUUCUGAUCUAUAUUGCGGGUUCUGACAGAUGCAGCUAAACAAGCUGUGCCCUAUAAAUUCUGCUUGAUGAAAACCACUUAAAAAUGCACUCUGUAAACUGCACCAGCUGCUUGUGAUGCAACUGUCGACUGCUGCACAUUCUACUAGCUGCAACUAUAUCAAGGUGUGCGCACAGUCAACCGUGACAGCUCCUGAUAGGUGCAACUGCUUUCAGCGCACCCUGAUGACAAUAGAUGCAGCUUCCAAUAGAUGCAACUGGUCAAUGUACACCCAGAUAGUGGUUGUGAGGUCACACACCCCCUCCCGACAUCUUGGGUGGUGGUCGUGUGUACGGGAGGUGGGUUGGGGGAGAUUGUUUGGAACACUACAUCUAAAGGGUACCCUGUCAUAGACAUUUCAUGUUGCACACCUUAUAACUGUGGCGUCCACCCCACCUGCUGGGGGAUGCCUUCGAAAAUCGUCUUGCUUCAGUCUUUUCUUUUUAUUAUUAUUAUUACUAACCUAUUACCUGUGCCUCUUUCAGAAAUCCUCAUCAGUAUUAUUAUUGCAGGUACAGCAUCAAUGUCUUCGAGAAACUUUGCUUCUAAAGCCUUCCCAGGUAACUGAUUUUUCCCAAACCAAAGGUAAUCACCUCAGUCAGCACAUUAAGCGAAGGUUAAUUAUUUGCUUAAAUUAAAUGAAAUACAGGUACCUGGGCAUUGGUGUGAAUUAGUGCAGAUUAUAAGAGGUUCCGGAUUAUCAAUAUCCAGAAAUAGAGAGUCAUACGUGCAUCAUUAUCAUCUUCAUCUUCAUCUUCAUCUUCAUCAUCAUCAUCAUUAUUAUUAUUAUUAUUAUUAUUAAGAGUGCCAUUGUACCUACUGGAGAAGUUACCUCAAGCCUAUAAAAUAUUAUUAUUAUUGUUGUUAUUAUUAUUUUAGUUUAAAGAAAGGACUGGUAACUCAACAGAAUAAACUGACAUUUAUUUUGAGCCUGUGGAAGGAAUGCGAGAUGCCGAAAUAUUGUUCAAAGCACCAAUAAAUAAGUCACUUUCGAGUUGCGCUUUUUGUCAUUAAGUUGGCCGUGGUGAUGGAUUACGUCAGCUUUGUUUACCUUAGUGUUGGAUUGUGUCAAUCGCAUACAAAAGCUAAGAACUCAUCUCUCUAUCUAUUAUUAUUAUUAUUAUUAUUAUUAUUAUAAUUAUUAUUAGGGUGGCGAGCUGACAGAAUCAUUAGUACGCCGGGCAAAAUGCUUAGCGGAAUUUCGUCUGUGGCUACAUUAUAAAUUCAAAUUCCGCCGAGGUUGACUUUGCCUUUCAUCCUUUCGGCGUCAAUAAAAUAAAUACCAGUUACGCACUGGGAUCAAUGUAAUCAAUUCAUUCCCUCCCCCGAAAUUGCUGCCCCUGUGGCAAAAAUUUGAAAGAAUAAUUAUUGUUAUUAUCAAAGUGGCGAGAUGGCAGAAAUGUUAGAACACCAGGCAAAAUGCUGUUCUAGGGGGUCAAUGUCACGAACUUAACCUUUGCCCUCAAAACUGUUGACCUUGCAAGCUGGCAGAAUCGUAGUCUGUGUUAUGACCCUUUCCUGUAAGAAAUUAUUAUUAGUAUUAUUACUACUGCUAACAUCAUCAUCAUCGUUAUCAUCACUGUCGUCAUCAUUGUUGUCGUCAUCAUCAUCAUCAUCAUCAUCAGUGUUUGUUACAUGUUACGUUUAUGAUCGUUACAUGUCAUGUUUCAACCCUGUUCCUUUGUUUAUGUUUGGAUGGCUUCUGUUUAUUUUGCGGUCCCAGAAAUAGAGGAAGAGUGUUUGGGUACAAGGUGUGAGUAACCCUAUGCUGGAAAUUGCAUGAAGCCUGACAUGUGUUUAUUUAGGGUAAACAGGGAUGAUAACAAAAACACCUGACACCUCAUGGGUUUUGUUCAGCCUUUUAGGUUCUGGGUUCAACCCCCACAUCAACCGAUUGUCAUCCCAAUCUGUUGAUGGGGACAGAGGAAACAAUGGGGUUGCAGUUUAUGGAAGGCGGUGAGCUGGCAGAGUCGUUAGCACACCGGGAAAACUAUUUAGCAGCAUUUCGUCUGUCCUUACGUUCUGAGUUCAAAUUCCACCAGGGUCGAUUUUACCUUUUGUCCUUUCGGGGUCAAUAGAAUAAGUACCUGUUGAGCACUGGGGUCAAUGUCACUGACUUAACUCCCCUCGCCCCCGAAUAUUGCUGGCCUUGUGCCAAAAUUCGAAACCUAUAUAUGUAACCUCUGGUUUCCAUAUAUCACCAUGACUAAAUGCAUAUAUAUAUAUAUAUAUAUAUAUAUAUAUAUAUAAUAUGUGUAUGUAUCUAUACAUAUAAUGUAUGUGUAUGUAUGUAUAUAUAUAUGUGUGUGUGUGAGUGAAUGGCUACUCAAGUUUCGCGUUUCCGCUUCAUCGAAUGACUCGGCUUUAAAUAAAUAUUAUUCCACUUUACUUCACUGGAUCCUGGGGCCUAAUUACAUUCCCACCUGCCUCAUAUUAGUCACCUAUUUCAUAGAAUAUACAUAUAUAUAUAUAUAUGUAUUAAUAUUAUCUGUGUGUGUAUACGUAUAAGUAUCGAUAUAGAUAUAUGUAUAUAUAUGUAUACGUAGGUAUGUGUGUGUGAGUAUAUUUCAAGGACACAGUGUUUGUAUUGUGUAGGGUGAUACACAACUCCCCACAGAUUUAUUCUCCAAGACUUUCUUCAGCUGUUGCCAGUAAAGGAAACGGUCCCAUUUUUUCAUCUCUUCCUUCUUUCCAACCUAUAAAUAUUCUCAGCUGAGGCCUCAAACAUUUUUGUUGUUGUUAUUGUUGUCGUUGUGGUCAUCAUUGUUUUCAUUUACUUUUGUUUUGUUUUUUUUAAUAUAAAUUUCGUUCUGUUGUUAUGGCAACCUUUUUCAGUGUGUUUUUUUUUUGUUAUAUAUAUUUUUUGUUUUCCUUGUGGUGUUUUUUUUUUUUCUUUUGUUGUUUUUUAAUUCCACCAUUGAUUAACGAUAAAUUUCAUAAUUGUUUCAUGAGACCUUUCCAUAAGUAGAGAUAUAGACGAGUGGGUGUGUUUGUGUGUGUAUGUGUGUUAGUGU